AUGCCCUAUGAUUGGGGACUGCGAGUCGAACUUCGCUUUCACAUGAAAGUCGAGAGGGCAACACACUCACUCUCAUCCUGGCGAGCCAAACUCAUUCCGGCCGCCGUGCCCGAGAGGCGUGCCACACCUACUCUGCACAACAUCUCCGAGCGUCGACUUCCAUUAGGUACUCCGGCAGAUCGCCUACUGCUGCGCUCUUCAAAGCCAAAAUCCCCCUUCAGCCAUAUCAACGUCGUCAAGGCCGAAGACUUGGAGCGCGCAAGGGCCCAUCAAGAACCUGCCUCCAACCCAUACGUUUCUUCUUCACCCGGACCCUCGCCCAAGUCAUCUAGCAAGAGUUUGACUCCUCGCGAGGCUGGCAAGAUGUCUUAUCUUUACUCAAGUUCCGAGGACCAGGUUCGUCUCGCUCAACUGGCGACAGCAAGGCUCGAAAGACAGAGCAAGAGGAUCAUCGAGAACGAUCCCAUCAUUCCCUUGAGCAAGCUCAUCGACCCCAAGACAACACGACACAGGCUCCCCAAACAUUGGCCAGAUCUUGAUUACCCAGACUCAAGCGAUAACGAUGUGACCUCGACGAGUCGCGCAUCCAGAAGGGAAAGCCCAUUGGACGUCCACGCCAAAGUUUUCCGACCCGGCUCGCGCGACAGUUCUAUCUCUCGCAGCCUUGAGCCAUCUCGGAAAGACUCUGCUCCUCUCAGUGCAGAUGAUGGAGACUUUCAGCUCGUCACUAGCAAAAAGACCAAGCCCUCAUCUAGACCUGCUGUUGGCUUGAAUGCGCACGAGGUCAAAGUCGAUGACAAGUUGUCAGCUAUCACCGUCUCCUUCAACAGGCAGGAAAUCAACGAAGUUUUCGGCAACGACCUGCCUCCCCUUGCUUACUUCCAGGGAAAUGUCGGAAACAGAGAAGGUCAGGUCGGAUUUGCGAUGCAUCCCAAUGGUGACAUCUCAGCUCAGCAGUGGUCACAAUCCGAUUACCAGUGGUUCAACAUCGGUCAAUUCUCCAAUUCACGCAGGCGUACUGAGGGUACCCUUGCCUCCCAUCGUCUGAAGGGCGAGAACGAAUUACAUUCUCUCCUUCAGCAUAGUCUUUGUUACUUCAGAGCGGUUGCGAAGCAGCAUGAGGCGUCCACGAUGAAGCUACCCUUCGGUCUCAAAGAAUUGCAAGCUUACAUGCCCAAGGUCUCUGUCAAUCGCCCUGCGCGAAAAAUAGCAGUUACACCUUCUGUUACAGAAACUCCAACCAGAUCGGAGUCUGAACAGCGCCACCCAGAGAAAAAAUAUCCUGCACGUACACCGUCGCUUGGACCAGAGCUUGAGCCUUGGGCACAAGGUUACGCCUCUCGUGUUCGCAGUAGACGCAAGUUGUCCAGUACUCCUGUGACAGUGCCAUCCAGCAACCUUUCGUUACAACGCGACUUCUUACCCUCUACCACACUCAACACUGCAUCGACCAGUGCUCUCAGCAAGCUGCCUUACGGCUUGACUGCUCUCAACAACCUAUCUUUCGGGACGUUCCAUGCAGACAGAGACCAUGAUGCUGUCAACAGUACUUUCUUUUCCCCCAAUCUCAAAGCACCUGCUUCGACACAGCCUGGUAUCAAUGAGCAUAGCCAAUACCUGAGCUCAUUCUUGCCAAAGAGCGUACCACAGACGGUUACCUCACAGCUUCACUCGUCUUCUGCCAAUCUAAACUUCUCUACCUUUCUCGAAGAGACACAACCACAAGUUUCCUCGCCUGAUCAAGUACCUGCACGGUCUCAGCGCAGUUUCACAAAGGCAUGUCUGGACAAGAUAUUUGAUGCUGCUACAUCUCGCAACAUGAAUGCCAAUGCAGGUAAUCGAACUGUCCUUCACGAUCCAUUCCAGAGCCAAUCUCCUACGCUUCCAUCGAUGAUCAAGCAAGACUCGGAAGUCAAGCAUCACGACAAUAUCUGGUCAAGUACUCCAAUCGGUGAGGCGACUUCGAGUUACAUUGGCGAGGCAUCUUCUUCCACGAGCAGUGAGGAUGUUGCCUUCGAUCCUCUUGUUAGCGAGCCCGAGUUCGCACCAAAGUCUAAAACCAUGGAGAUUAUUGACAUCAAUCUACCACGCAUGACGACUGAAGAGCUUGCUGUGUACUCGAGACCAAGCCCUCAGAACUUCAACGGUCCGUUCUUCAUGGGCAGCCCUGACGUUCCGAGCGAAGCCAGCAGGAAAAGCCACGAGCAGGAGCUUCAUGAUUGGUUCUAUAGUGGACUCACAAUUACCGAACGUCAGAACGAACAUUUUGAGUACAUCAAGGCAGCACAUAACCAAACAUCUAGCAUCACACAGCCAAUGGUUAAUCCUGGACCCAUCGGAACACCUCCUGCUAGUUCGGUGUCGGGUGGAAACCGAGAGCCGGAACCGUUCAAUGAAGUCACAACGCGCUUGUUUCUCUCCAUGCACGAGAGCCUCUCACAAUACACUCAAGGCCCUAUCGAGCAGCGUCGCGGAUUUCUUGCUCCAUUCUGCGAUCCACCAGAAUGGUGCAUCGACAAGAGCGCCAAUGGCAACAACAGCUUCUUUGGCGAGGAUUGGAACUCGCGCUACAGACCUCUCCCUUUCGAGAGCAAGUUUGACGCUUUCGAUGGGCACCGCGGUGUCGGUGCUAGUGGGGUUCGCCCUUCCAACGCAAGGCUUAGAUUCGGCUCGAAUCUGAAGUACUGA